GCUUGGACGAAGAUUGAGGUGGCGGCUUAGGGAUAGGCGAUGGGGAAAGACUACUAUCGCAUUCUGGGCCUGGCCCGUGGAGCCUCCGAGGAAGAUAUUAAGAAGGCGUAUCGGAAGCAGGCGCUGCGCUACCACCCGGACAAGAACAAGGAUCCUGGCGCCGAGGAACGCUUCAAGGAGAUAGCCGAGGCAUACGACGUACUCAGCGAUCCCAAGAAGCGCGACAUCUUCGAUAAGCUCGGAGAAGAGGGGCUAAAGGGAGGUGGUCCCAGCUGCAGCAUGGGAGGUCCCAAUGGCACCUCAUUUACCUACACCUUUCAUGGAGACCCUCAUGCCAUGUUUGCAGAGUUCUUCGGUGGGCGCAAUCCUUUUGAUACCUUUUUUGUGCAGAGGAAUGGAGAUGAAGACAUGGAUGUCGAUGAUCCUUUUGCAAAUUUUCAAAGCUUUGGAAACAUUGGCUUUACUCGCACUCGUGGAGGCCAUGAAAAUGUGCGCAAAAAACAAGACCCUCCUAUUACUCAUGAGUUGAGAGUAUCCUUGGAGGAGAUUUAUACUGGAUGCACCAAGAAAAUGAAAAUUUCCCAUAAACGUCUUAAUGCGGAUGGGAAAACCACACGUAAUGAAGAUAAGAUCCUCACAAUUGAAGUAAAACGUGGAUGGAAAGAAGGAACAAAGAUUACUUUCCCCAAAGAAGGAGACCAAACGCCAAACAACAUUCCAGCUGAUAUUGUCUUUGUUUUAAAGGACAAGCCACACAGCAUUUUUAAGAGAGAUGGAUCUGAUAUUGUAUACCCAGCCAAGAUCAGCCUCCGUGAGGCUUUGUGUGGUUGUACUGUGAAUACUCCAACACUCGAUGGUAGGACCAUACCAAUGGUAUUCAAGGAUGUCAUUAAACCUGGAAUGAAGCGAAGAAUUCCUGGAGAAGGUCUUCCAUUUCCCAAGAAUGUAAACCAGCGAGGGGAUCUUAUUAUUGAGUUUGAUGUAAGAUUCCCGGACAGAAUUCCACAGGCUUCUAAAAGUGUCCUAGAACAGAUCUUGCCAAUAUAGUGAGAUUUUCAGUGAAAAUUGGACUGAAAUGCCUCCAAAGCAGAGGAUUUUUGGACUAUCAGGAUUUCAGGGUCUCUUUUGGCAAGAGAGUCGGGGAGUAACUUCAUAUUGCUAAAAGUUUUCCAGAGAAUCCAAAUCUUGCAAGCUGUGUAUUGCAUUCAUCAGUGACUUUAGCCCCGAGUUGUCAUUGCUCUUAUACCAGUGAACAGCCACUGAUGGAAGGAGUUGGCAAAACAUCUUACACGGAUGACAGCCAAUCACAGUUUACUGCCUUCACUUGAUUGGCUAGCCCUACUUAAGGCAUGUCAUGUAGAACUUCCACUGGAAAGAAUAAGUCUCAAACCUGAAACUGGACUUCAUAGUAAACUUCUUCAAUCUCUUGUCUUUGCUGUACUGUAUUGUCUCUUGUACCAUUCUACACUUAGCUCUUUUACAGUGGUUUAUCUCUGAUAUUCCUUUAACCUAUUUUCUCACUGCUCUGAGAGGUAUCCUUCCUAAAUAGUGCCAUGCACUGUUUCUCCUAAAAUGGAAACAAUUUGCCCUUUCAGAAAGGGAAGUGCAAUACAUUCUUCUCUCUUAAGCCAAUAGCACACUAGGUAAUUAUUAAAGUAUAUAAAGGUGUUUAUAGGUUUUUUCAUUGAAACUUAUGGUUUCUAGUUUAUAGCUCUUCUACAUAAGCACUGAUGGCUGUAGGUCAUUUUGUCUGUUUUUAAAGGCUGGUAGAAUAUCAGUGCCAUAGUUGAAGGCUUAGCUAAUAAACAUUUCAAAGGGCUUGAUUUUUUUUUCAAAAGAAAGGACAGCUCCAGGAGGUUUUCUCCCCAGAAAAGAGCUGUUUUUCUAGUAGAAGUACAUCCCCUUACAUAAAUUGAUGAAAAUAUUUAUAGAAUGAAAAAUUGACAGUCCCAAGGUGCUUAACUGAAGCAAGACAUGAGUCGUGGUGGGUAAUAGCCAUGAAACCCAAGACAAUGAAGACAUUGUAAACCUUGUAAAGGAUCUGGUUGGAAAACACUAUAAACAUCCUGCAUAAUUAAAGACUAAAAAUGGAAUGUAUGGAUAUGUUCCAGAAUUUGAAGGUGGUCUUCAGCUUGAGCAGAAAGUAAAAUGCAGCUUUUCUGUAACUGAACUCAAAGAUUGUUUGCUGUCUGCAGGCACUCUGUUAAGCUAUCUGAGCUUGAAGAAGAAUUAGACUAGUAGUGAAUAUUAGUGAAGAAACUGAGAUUGCUAUAGUCAGAGCUGGUCAGUGUCUUCUGCUCAACUUCUUUUGUAAGAUUACUUCCAAUUCUUUCUUCAUGGUCAUAGUGCUAGCCUAACAGACCACCUAAGGAUGUUAGGGUAGACUCUACCUUAUCUUGCCAUAUGGUCAUAAUCACAUCACUACAGAAUUCUCAAUUACUAUAAUUACUGCAUGAAUCCUCUUGUGUAUUUUUGUAAGGAUUUUAUGGGCAUGCAUUCUAGGAAAUAAUGCUGUGAGAUUAUAAAAGAAUCUUGCCCCUCGUGCUUAAAGAUUGUAGAUUUUGCUGUGGAUCUAUAGAAGCCUUGUGCUUUUUGAUCCUGAACAGAUAUGUGGGAGGAUAGAAACGAUCACUCUAUGGGUCUUUUAUUUUGCCAAACCAGUCAGACUUGCUUAUCGUUUGGUAGUUUCUCAAGCUGUUGGUCAUCCUGAGGAGCUACUCCUUACUUCCAUUGUCAUUUUCCCUUUAUUUUUGUUUGCUACAUGUACCUCUCUUUUUCUCUUGUGCCCUUUUUUAAUGGUUUGGUAGGUUGUACAUAAAAGGGAAUUAUCCAGCUGACAACUAAAUAGAACACAUUAGUGCCUUGCACAGGUAAGUCUCAGUAAUUCUUACAAUGGCCCCUGUAAGAUAAAAUGAAGAGCUGUGCAUUGUAGGUAUAUAGGUUCAAUUAGGAGAAUAUUGGCUUACCUAAGAAAGUAUCUAGGGUGCUUAUGGCUGAGAAUGCUUCCUGGCUCGCUGUCUUAACUGAGAUGUUCUGUCUGAAUCAUGGGCUCCUCUCUGCCCAUGCUGUGACAAAAAUCUAUGAUGUAAUUAGAGGCUUGUAGAAGAAAAUUCACUAUUAGUCUUACUGAAGAUUCCUUAGCACGACAGUCAUCCUGAUGAAAGUAUGGGGCAAUAGUUUCUUCACAGACCAGAGUCAGCACAAAUAAUACGUGUUCCUACCUAAUUUACAGGAGCUGUUUUAUAUAAUGCAAUUACCACAUGCAAGUGACUGCUUUAGGCGAUUACCUAUUUGUGCUUUCAACUCUGCUGGGAUUAUUCUGUAACACUUCCAAGACUGGGCCAGCCUGAUCUUGUAUUUUGAGAAAGAUUGGGACUGAUGGAUAAAAUAGUAAGCACCUUACUUCAAACCUGUCUUUCCUUCCCAGUAUAAUUCAUGCAGAGAAAAACACUAGUAUAGUGAAGAGGACAGGAUUUGACACAAGAGCCAUGGUCAUAAGUGAGGAAAACUGACCUGCACACCCAUUUUGGCCAUAUCAAAAAGAAAUAUAAAAUCAUGCUUUAACGAAUGGUCACUGUAAUGCUAGAUUUUUCAGAGAAGAUUUUGUGCCAACUGUGUGUUGCUCAUCCUAUGUAACAAAUGUACCUAUAUAUUUUGCUGCAUGGAUGUAUGUACCUGGAAGCUGUGGCCAGUUGUGGUUUACUGUUGCAUGUGCAUACAGUGAAAUAGAUGUAUUUGUGCUUUUCA